AAAUAAGGAGAGAGAAACGCCAUCGCUCGCGGAGCCGAUUCCGAGCCCCUCUCUCUCUCUCUCUCUCUUCGGCGUUGUUUCAUCUCCUCGCGCUUCCCGAUUCGAUUGCUCGGCCCCGCGCGCUCUUAUCCUAAAUCGGUUCUCCAAAGCAGAUCUUUUUGGGAAUGGGGUGGAUCUGAUCUGAUUUGGUGUUUAUCACGUGGUGUUUUCCCGUUCAAUCCGGAGGAAAAGAGUUUAGAAGUGUAUCUUUAUAUAGGAUUUAAUAAGAGAUGGAUAGUAAGCCACCGCCUGUUCCUCCUGGGUAUACUCCCCCAGUCCCUUCCCAAACCACAACCACCCCGCACCCUGAGAGGCGACCAACCCCUCCCACAUUCUCCUCUCCGUCGUCAACAACUUUCUCUCCUCAGAGACCUUAUCAAGACCAAAUCCUACUGUCUUCAUCAAGAACGCCAAGCUCAUUACCGGGCGAGGGGCUUCAAACAGGCAGCCCUCUAACCCAAUUCAGUACACCUCCUGGUCCACCUGUUUUCUCUUCCCCAUUGCGGCCUGCUGCUGUGCCAUUCCGUACUUCACCAGUUUCUCCUCAGCCUGUGGCUUUCUCGGGGGGCUCAUCUUUACCGACAUCUUCUUCGCCACACUAUUCUAAUGGAUCGCAUGAAUUGCCUUUGCACCAUCCUGCCAGUGUUGAUGAGUCGACUUUCGAGUCGCCCUAUGUGCUCUUUUCUGCACACAAGGUCUUGAAACGUAGAAAACAAGCAAACGUCUCAAGCUUGGGAUUUGGAGCAUUGGUUUCUCCUGGGAGGGAAGUCGCCCCUGGACCUGAGGUAGUGCAACGUGAACCUCAUCGUUGCCAAAACUGUGGAGCUUAUGCCAACCUGUACUGUGAAAUUUUGAUUGGUUCAGGCCAAUGGCAAUGUGUAAUUUGUAAGAAACUAAACAGCAGCGAUGGGGAAUACAUAGUCCCCAGUAAGGAGGACCUUCUUCAUAUAGCAGAGCUUUCAUCUUCAGCCAUUGAUUAUGUUCAAGCUGGCGAUAGAAGGCCAGGAUUGAUUCCUGUCUCCGACUCAAGAAUGUUGGGUCCAAUUUUUCUUGUCAUAGAUGAAUGCUUAGAUGAAGCACAUUUACAACAUCUACAAGGUUCUUUACAUGCUUUUGUCGACUCACUCCCCCCCACUACAAGAAUUGGUAUAAUUUCAUAUGGACGAACUGUAUCAGUCUAUGAUUUUUCUGAGGGGUCAAUGGUGUCCGCUGAUGUGCUUCCAGGAAGCAAAUCUCCAACCCAAGAUUCUAUAAAGGCGCUUAUUUACGGUGCUGGUAUUUACUUGUCGCCUAUACAUGCUUCACUGCCUGUUGCCCACACCAUCUUUUCUGCACUGCGACCGUACAAACUCAGCUUGCCUGAAGCUUCGAGGGAUCGAUGCCUUGGCACAGCGGUGGAGGUUGCCCUAGCAAUAAUUCAAGGGCCAUCGAUUGAGAUGUCACGUGGAAUCAUUAAACGGUCUGGAGGCAGUUGUAGGAUACUGGUUUGUGCAGGGGGCCCAAAUACUUAUGGACCCGGAUCUGUGCCCCAUUCUUUUAACCAUCCUAAUUAUGCAUACAUGGAAAAGACUGCAAUGAAGUGGAUGGAGCAUUUAGGCCAUGAAGCACACCGACAUGACACUGUAGUCGAUAUACUCUGUGCGGGGACUUGUCCUGUUCGGGUUCCAAUUCUCCAGCCACUGGCGAAGAGUUCGGGUGGCGUGCUAAUACUUCACGACGAUUUUGGUGAGGCUUUUGGGGUUAAUUUGCAAAGAGCUUCUACUAGGGCUGCUGGGUCACACGGUUUAUUCGAGAUACGGUGUUCCGAUGAUAUUCUUGUGACCCAAGUUAUAGGGCCUGGAGAAGAAGCACCUGCUGAUUCUCAUGAAACAUUCAAGAAUGAUGCUUCUUGUUGCAUUCAGAUGCAUAGCGUUGAAGAAACUCAGAGUUUUGCGAUCUCCAUGGAAACAAAAAGCGACAUUAAGAAUGAUUUCGUCUACUUCCAGUUUGCUGUUCGUUAUUCUAAUGCAUAUCGAGCAGACAUUUCUAGAGCGAUCACUGUGAGGCUCCCUACAGUUGAUAGUGUGUCAAGUUAUCUUGGGAGUGUACAAGAUGAUGUGGCUGCUGUCCUUACUGGUAAGAGAACCCUCUUGCAUGCUAAAACUUCUUCUGAUGCUGUUGAUAUGAGGCUUACAGUGGAUGAAAGGGUUAAGGAUAUUGCUCUUAAAUUUGGGUCUCAAAUGCCGAAAUCAAAGGUUUAUCGUUUCCCAAAAGAGUUAUCGUCUCUACCUGAGUACUUGUUUCAUCUGAGGAGGGGCCCGCUUUUAGGAAACAUAGUUGGGCAUGAAGAUGAAAGGUCUGUAUUGAGGAAUUUAUUCUUGAAUGCAUCAUUUGAUUUAUCUCUCCGCAUGGCGGCACCGCGUUGUCUGAUGCAUCGCGAAGGCGGCACUUUUGAGGAGCUGCCGGCAUACGAUCUUGCCAUGCAAUCUAAUGCUGCAGUAGUGCUUGACCAUGGAACGGAUAUUUUCAUAUGGUUGGGUGCUGAGUUAGCAGCUCAAGAAGGAAAGAGCGCAGCAGCUUUAGCUGCAUGUAGAACGCUGGCCGAAGAGCUUAGUGAGCACCGGUUUCCAGCUCCGCGGAUUCUUGCAUUCAAAGAGGGGAGCUCUCAGGCUCGCUACUUUGUGUCUCGAUUGAUACCGGCGCACAAGGAUCCUACAUAUGAGCAGGAGGCGAGGUUUCCUCAAUUGCGGACGCUAACUCUGGAUCAGAGGGCGCGGCUAAAGAGCAGCUUCAUUCACUUCGACGACUACAGCUUCUGCGAGUGGAUGCGUAGCCUGAAAUUGGUGCCGCCCGAACCGAGCUAAGGAGAAACCAUCGGAGACGCCAUUUUGCAGAAUUCUUUCUUCGCACGCUGGGUCGCCGCGAUUAUACUUCGCAGAAUCACCAACAGCAAGAUACUUGUAUUCAGAUUUGUGGUGACAAAUUUGGGAGAACUUGAGUUGUUCAAUGGUGGUUGAAAUGGUGGAUGAAUACAGAUUAGGGACUGUAAAAGAGUCAUUUUAGAAUUUUGGUUUCUGAUUGUGCUCUGUAGCCAAUUUAAUUGCUGGGGUCAACAUCAAGGAGGUCACCUGGAAUGAAAGAAUAAGAAUUGAUUCAUCAAUAAUCAAAGAAUUUAUACUGCAACAGGGAGCAAAAAAGGUGAUGUACAGGGAUGCUAUGAUGUUUUAGAGAUUGAGCAUUCCAUUUGAUAA